UAUUUAGCAAUAUGAAUCCAAUAGUUAAAGUCAAGCGCGACCCAAACAUCAUCAAAUGUUCCACGACGUCGGAUAAAUCUGAAAAUUUAAAUGCAACCGAUUCCAAAACCUUGAACGAAGACAUUGAAAUGGAGACGGAGUCACCAGACGCUACAAUCUCCGCCUCAGAAGGAAAAAGAAGCGUUUCCGAAUUUUUAGCGGAGGAAGAGAAUGUCGAAAAUGAGAUAGCGACCGUCAACCCGAUGGACUUACCAGUGGUGGAAGGCGAGGACGAAAUUGUUCUGAAUUCUUCAAUGGAGGUGGAGAUUAAUUUUAAGAGAACAAGCAGCCCGGAAACCGCAGGUGCUGGUUCUUGUUUGGGCGAAGACAAAGAGCCGGAAAAAGUGGUAGACAGCGAUGAUGUCAGUACCAUAUUAAGAUUACCAUCUCGUAAAGGCAGCAGCAGCAAUCUCAGCAGUAGCAGCCGAGGCAGCAGCACUUCCAGUUCCUCUAGUCGCCAAACUAGACGACGUCGGCCGCCUGUGAAUCAAUCAAAGAUGACUUUGAAAUGGAAUCUACGGGCGAUGAUCUCGAACUUGUACAUGAACGUAGAGAGCCGUCUGCCAAAUCCAUAUGUGUCGAAAUGCUUGUGGGAUACUAGUUACUGUGUUAGCAAUCAUCGACGCGCUGUGUUACCAAAUGCACCUUCUUUCAGUACAGCCCAGAAUCUAAGCACGACGCUAAAAGAACAUCUCUACGAAACAUAUCUGGAUUUGCUACAGCGUUUAAUUUUGCAGGGAACUUUCCCGGACGAAAACUUGUUCGAUACAUUGAUUGAAUUGGCAAUGGUACUUGUUGCAAAGGAACUAGAGCUGGAGGAGGUGAAAGUUAUAUAUCGGAAUCUUAAGGAUAUAUUUUUUCUACUAGUCGACGCAUUCCCACCAUGCUGGACGGCCCUAAGGCCCUAUUAUCUAAAUUUUUUAGGAAUCAACACAAAUGGAGAGAUACGUUCGAAACAAACAAAACCCAAAUUGGACUUCUAUUUGGAUUUACUAAAACAGACAAUAAUCAAGUGUACAGAUAAGGAAUUAAGCGAGCUCACGCCUUACUCGGAAAAAAUGGAAUUCAAUUUCUCGGAAGAUGAAGACGCUGACAUAUCGCAGGAAACGCUUUUCGCUCGUCAUGUAGAUGACUACGAAUGGAAUGGCACUCUAUCUCUGGAUGUUUUCGACACAAUGUCCCCAGCUGUGCGAUUGGCAAGACUUUUCGAUGUCCUUUAUAAGUUGUAUGUAGUGCUCGAAAGAGACUUUAUAAUGUGGCUGGAUCACAACAAACUUCGUCAGGCGGAAGCGGAAAUAUUUAAUGAGGAUACAUGCCCAUUUUCAAUAAUUGUGUUUGGUUUUACUUCCACAACUCGGUUAACCCCGAUUGUGCGCCAAUUGAUGACAUUGUAUGGUCAUGCGGCAUCCAGAUUUCUGAAUGAUUUACGAUUGGGCAUCUUAGAGAAAUUCAUCUCAUUGCUAAUGGAAUUAAGCAAUACAGCCGAGCUAGAAUAUGUAAACAGUUCCGUUCGCUAUCCCAAUUUGGGCCCGCAAACUCGUCUGCUAAUUGCUGAAUUUUUCAAAAUAUUCAAAGCGGAAAAUCCCUCACGUAUAAGUACUUACAUACACAUCAUACCACAGCUGGGACAACCGUAUGUCCGAUUUGAGUUUACCAAUCUAUUCCUGGAACUUUUCUACUUCUCCAAGAAACUAAAAUUUUGCCCAGAGAAACUAUGCGAGGAGAUUAAGACAAAGCAGUGGCAAAAAUACAUGCCACGUAAAGAAAUCGGUCAGGACAACGAGGAGCUGCUAGCACGUGAGGACUAUUUGCGCCUAUGUCUGAAUGGACUACGCGAUUAUUGCAAUUGGAUGAAUCUGGAGGGCUUUUGGAAAUGCCUAAAACACCGACAGCAAGUAGAGCCCCUGCAGGUCCAAUGCGCCAGUCCAUUGGCUACACCCGUGGGCGUGGUUAGCGGGGAUGUUGGCAAGAUUUUCAUGUUGGACGAAAUGGAAAAAGAAGCACACACCUGGCCGAAACGUAUCAACGCCAAUGUCAUUCUUGCAAAACCCCGCGUAAAUCUGCCAAUGGCAAAAGUUGAUGUAAUCGAGAUGUGCAAAAUCUAUGCAGACGAUAUGCGUUAUCUGAGAUAUUUGCGACGUCUGCUGGUCAGUGCUCAGAAUUUCUACAAGGACCUAGAUUUGAGGGAAUGGAUGAAAUUUUUGGAUUUUCUGGGUGAUGAUGAGCCCAACACAACCGAAACCACUGAAGAGCCAAAGUUAGAAACAUAAUCUGUAUAUCAUUUGUUAAACAACUUAGAUAUAAGUGUAUCGUAUUAAUGUAGCUAUUAAGUCAUCAUUUCAUCUUAUAAGACAUUCCCUCCAUUUGAAUACUUUUUGAAUUCUCAUUUGUUGCUUUUUCUGCAAAUAUAUAUUUAUGCUUGUAACUAAAUACACAAGUACGUACACAUUUACAUAUAAAUACAUCUACUAUGCAUAUAUAUACCAUUACAAUUAUUAUGUAUAUGUAUAUAUUUUGUAUGUUUGUGUGUAUAAUUAUACAA